AUGGGUCGCCGUCCAGCAAGAUGCUACCGCUACUGCAAGAACAAGCCGUUCCCCAAGUCCAGGUACAACCGUGGUGUGCCUGACCCCAAGGUGUGUAGCAAUUCGACCUAGCUUCACAGCUGCUCUCGAGGCUCACAUCUCAUCUCCCGCACUUUCGCUUCUCCUUGACAGAUCCGCAUCUACGAUCUGGGACGCAAGAAGGCGUCUGUCGACGACUUUCCCUUCUGCGCGCACAUGGUCUGCGACGAGCACCAACAGAUCACCUCGGAAGCUCUCGAAGCUGCUCGUAUUUGCGCAAACAAGUACAUCACCAAGACCAGCGGAAAAGACUCUUUCCACAUGCGUGUUCGUGUCCACCCCUUCCACGUCAUCCGUAUCAACAAGAUGCUUUCCUGCGCUGGAGCCGAUAGGUGAGUAGAGGGCUUCAGAAGUCAGGUGGCGACUUGAAAGUGGCGAGGGGGCAAGGCGGGCAACAUCGGAUGGACGAAUUGGGACUCGCAAGUGAUGGGACCGUUCGUAUGAAAUCGUUGUCUGGUGCUGCCUCAAGCAGAAGGAAAGUCUCUUGACGCACCCGCAUCGAGAGCUACGCCUUGCAUUGCAUCCCUCUCGUAUUCGACCUCAUCGAGUUCUUGCCGCUUACGACCAUCAACAUCCUCGUGCUUCGCAGACUCCAAACUGGUAUGCGUGGUGCCUACGGCAAGCCCUACGACACCGUUGCCCGUGUCGACAUUGGACAGGUCUUGCUCUCUGUUCGUUGCCGCGAGUCCAACAGGCCCGUCGUUCUCGAGGCUCUCCGUCGUGCUCGUUACAAGUUCGCUGGUCGCCAAAAGAUCAUUGUCUCUAAGAAGUGGGGUUUCUGCUCCAUCUCUCGCGAAGAGUACGUUGCAAGGCGCGACGAGAACCGUAUUCUCAAGGACGGUUGCUACAUGCAAUUCCGCAACGACCGCGGACCUCUUGCUGCCAACUUGAAGCUCGAGGCUCGUAUCGCUGCGCAGAAGUAA